GGUAGCACAGGAUAAAUAUAAUUUACAUUAAUGGCUUCUUAUAAGAGUUGCUUCAGGUUUCAUGUUUGAUAGACUGCCAUGGGGAUAUUUUGAGUGAAGCUGAUUCCAUUAUUAGUGGUUGAGGACAGUAACUUAGUCUUGUUAUGGGGACUAGAGCUUUGAACUUCAUCCUAGAAAAGAUAGGGAAUAUGUUGGAGGUGCAGAGCAGACAAAUUACAUGUGAAUAUUUAGAAGACUGAACAUCAGCUGGACUGAAUGAACUUCAAAGGUUUGAUUACGUACAAUUGGACGUGACCAAAAAUGAGUUACAGUAAAACACAAAAACAGAUUAUUUUGCUAAGGGUCCCCACACACUGAAGUGAACUAUAUUGGGGAACACUGGGAAACCAUUGAUUUUAAUUGGGAUGGUGAAAAUGCAAAUACUGCAACUCACCAGGAAAUAUCAGUUGUUCUAAUAUUUAUAUACUCCCAAUCAUGAACUAAAGAACCAUUUAUGUGUUUGUUUCAGCUUGAGGACUCCAGUUGUAACAGACCGACCGAGUCUACAAGAGUUUAAUCACCACAACAACAGGUCAAAGCUGAUCCAGAGUCAGGGAAAGAUUUGUAAUGGAAGAUCUGUGGUAUUUAUCAUUGCCAACAAUAAUAGUCCUGACAAAAAAAUAUAUAUUUUAGGGGGUUGUUCAUAAAUGGUUGAAUUAUAUUCUCUUCUUCUCUUUCUGUCUCAUAGUUAAUAUAAUUUUGAUUUUUUUUUUCACGUCAAGUGAUUUUUUUUUUGAUUUUUUUUUUACAGUAUGUAAAGACAUACAGUGGAACAAAAUGUCAUGCCUUACUGGUCAUGGUGCUACAUAUAUAACCGUUUAUAAACAUAUCGAAAGAAGUAAUCUAACUGUACAUAUACCUCACACUUUUCUUUCCCAAUGUAUAGAUAAAACGUUAUCAAAAUUAUUCCUGUUCGCAUAGAUCCGCGGACACAGCUAAAUUUUCUGUAUUAUGAGGACCAGACAAGUAAUUUAGCAAAUAUCACUGCUGGUGCUGGUUUCUCUAUAACCUUUAGUGUCGCACAGAAGAAGUUUCAUUUACAGUCAAUUAAAGAUAAGGCCAUUUGAUUGCUGUUUGAGUGAUUUAACCAUUCAGGGUUCAGGACAGAAGUUUAGAGGUUUAAUAGGGAUUGUGUUUUAGAUGUGCUACUCACCUGGCAAUAUCAAUUGUUUUAAUAUUAACUCAUGAAUUAAAUAACAUAACUAUUUAUGUGUGUGUUUCAGUAUGAGGCUAGAGAAACAGACUGUCAGCUGUGUCUACAGAAGCACUGAUACAACCAGACGACCUCUGAUACAAAGACAGAGGAAAAUUCCUAAUGGAAGAUUGAUGAUACUCCUGACAAUCUAUAUGUCGAGGGGUUGCUUGAAAAUAUUUUUUCAAGCAAAUUGUAUAGCCUAUGUAAUGGCCUUUCUCUUUAAGUCGCUUUGUUUGGCGCCACCACUAGAGGGAGCACUAAACAUAUUGGAUACAAGUGAACAGAAACCGAGUAAGAAUAGCAUAGUGCAUGUUUGUUCAAGAGUUUGUAAAUAGUUCAAUGUUUUAGUAUCCCUUCGGCAAGCAGAGCGAGCAAAUCAGCUCUUCCCAUCACAGUCACAUCAUCAGCGAUGCUCCUCCCACAUUGGAUUUCACCAUCAAUGAAGCUCCUCCCAGUAUAAUCCAGAACCCUGCAGAAUGAAACACUGAAGAUACUGAAGAACAAAGAACCAGAGGGCACCCUCGAGCAGAGGACAGAGAGUAAGACUUUCAUGACAGAAAUCCCUUUCAUGACAUCCACCGAUAAUAACAUGCAGAGAGAGAUUAUCUGUGUUCUUCAAGCCAUGUCAGAUAUGAUUAAAGAGGAGGAGGAGAGUGAGGAACUGAGUGAAGUGGAGGAGAAACAUCAUGUCAAACCUGGAGAAAAACCUUUGAGUCGCUCAAAGACUAAAAAGACAUUUUUAAAGAAAAGACGAGCCAAGAAAUCUACAACCUGCACUCAGUGUGGAAAGAGUUUCUUAACCAAACAAAGUUUUGAUGUUCACAUGAGAAUCCACACUGGAGAGAGACCAUUCAAGUGUGAUCAGUGUGGAAAGAGUUUCACAACCAAACAAAGUCUUGAUGUUCACAUGAGAGUUCAUACUGGUGAGAAGCUGUUCACAUGCGAUCAGUGUGGAAAGAGCUUCUCAAACAAUCGUAAUCUUGAGAUUCACAUGAGGAUCCACACUGGAGAGAGACCGUUCACGUGUGAUCAGUGUGGAAAGAGCUUCACAACCAAACAAAGUCUUGAUGUUCACAUGAGAGUUCAUACUGGUGAGAAGCCGUUCACAUGUGAUCAGUGUGGAAAGAGCUUCUCAAACAAUCGUAAUCUUGAGCUUCACAUGAGGAUCCACACUGGAGAGAAGCCAUUCACGUGUGAUCAGUGUGAAAAGAGUUUCACACAAAAAGGAAGUCUUAAGGAACACAUGAAGAUCCACACUGGAGAGAAGCCCUAUAUAUGUAGUCAAUGUGGAACCAGUUUCACAUACAAACAUAGUCUUGAUGUUCACAUUACAGUUCAUACUGGAGAGAAGCCGUUCAAGUGUGAUCAGUGUGGGAAAGGUUUCACAAACAAUUAUAGUCUUGAUGUUCACAUGAGGAUCCACACUGGUGAGAAGCCAUUCACAUGUGAUCAAUGUGGCAAAACAUUUCUUACCUCAUCAAACCUGAAGAAACACCUGACAGUUCAUAUGAAGCAGAAGCCAUAUUCAUGUUCUGUGUGUGGAAAGAGUUUUUCACAGCAGCAAAGUUUACAAACACAUCAGAAAAUACAUACUGGUGUGAGAGAGUACAUGUGCUUUGAGUGUGAGAAGACUUUUACUACAGCAAACGUUUUAAAAAAACACCAGAGAAUUCACACUGGAGAAAAACCUUACAAGUGUUCAGACUGCGACAAAAAAUUCUGUCUGUCAUCAUCUCUGAAAACACAUGAGAGGAUCCACACAGGAGAAGAACAUUACAAGUGUUCACACUGUGACAAGAGAUUCAGUGUGUCAGCAAAUCUGAAAAGACAUGAGAGGAUCCACACGGGAGAAAAACCUUACAAAUGUUCACACUGUGACAAGAGAUUCAAUGUGUCAGCAAAUCUUAAAACACACGAAAGGAUCCACACUGGAGAAAAAUAUUACAAGUGUUCACACUGUGACAAGAGAUUCAAUCGUACAACAAAUCUGAAAAGGCAUGAGAGGAUCCACAGCAGAGAGAAGCCGCACACGUGUGCAAGACUGGAGAAACUGGAAGAUAGGGCUACUCUCUAAGAAAACAAAGGAAAUUAUCAUUUGAACAAGAAGUUGAUCACCUCAAUAUUGUCUUAAUUUACAUUUCUUUCCUUUUGCCCCUUCUUCCCUCCCCCAUCUCUUCUGUCCCCAUGCUGAGAUCACCUGAAAUUUUACCCAAAAGAUUUAAUAUGAACAAUUAUCAUACAACACUUUGCAUUUUAAAUGUUGCAGUGCGACUGAUACAAAGGUCUCAUUCCCACAGAGGUGAACCCAAAGGUAAUAAAGAUUUUAAGAGUUUAGCGAAAAUUAUGUGUCAUGAGGUCCGUCAAUGUCUCCAACAACUCCAGGGAAGCCCACAAUCAACAUAAAAGUUGUUUGUUUUUGCUGUAUGGUUUGAUUGUCUGUUGGAAAGUCAAUGGACUGUCUUAGUAGUGAUUUCCAUUAUAGGAAAUUUGACAUCUUCACCGUGUCCUAACCAGCCGUGACGGCGACACGCGAAUAUUCUGUUUUAGAAAUGGUUUGUAUUUCUCUGCGACAUCACAUCUGGAACUGCAACACAAAGUAUGGCAAUGAUAAUAUCAGGUACUGUUUGUGCUUUAUUUAAUUUUAAAAGCAUCUAACGUGAAUUUGAAUAUCAUUCUCUGUUCCCAGCUUUUUAGCUGUAAUGAAAACAACACUGGCUAAUUCACCUCAGAUCUUGAAAAUAAAUAAAUGGGCACAAGAACGUUCAAACUGUCAACUCAACACGAACAAACAAGUGUAUUCUAUGACAAAGAUUGGUUCAGUCACUCCGUAUAUACUUUAAACAAUGUUUAAAUUGUUAUAUUUAUGAAUUUUACUAUGUACUUGCCCAUUUCAUUGUGUCUGAUGUGCUCUUGUCCAGAGAGCCCGCCCACACUCUCUUCUCAUUGGCUGUGGUUUUUGAUUGAUUUUAAUCGCUUCCCAUUGUCAUGCCUAGAGCCACAUUUCCACCGCAGGAACUUUACCCAGGAACUAGGAACUUUGGAGUGUUUCACCUGCAGGAACCAGGGUCUAAAUGAAGUACCUGCUCGCGAGGUAGUACUUUUUCAAAGUUCCAGAACUUUUGGGGGUGUCUCUUUGUGUUGAAUAAAAGUAUUUCUGAUGAA